AUGGACUUUGAAGACAUUGUCGAUAUGGAGUGGCUCAACAGUCAUACCAUUGAUUCCUCCUCUUUGCCAUCUCCACCUUUCAUCAAAGAUGAGGAUUUCAAUAUGGAUUAUCAACAUUCUUUUAGCAAUCAACAUAUCGACACUGAUCAGCUUGUUGUGCAGGAUGCCGCAGAUGCCAAAGACAUGAUGGUCAUGCCUACCACAGAACAAAUCAAGCAGUUGAUUGAAUUGGCUAAAAGACAACUUGCUCUUCGUGAACAGCUGGCAGCAAGUGGUGGUGCUAGCAAUCCUAUCAUUGCUGCUGAACCUACACCAGAGCCCGAAUCACCACCUACCACUACUAUCAGCAAUUGCAUGCUGGCUGCACCCAUGGAGCCUUUGAUCAAGAUUGAAGACCUAUACAAGAGCAGUAGCAGCAGUGCAUUAGACACGACUCUUUCACCCAGUGCUACUACGCAUUCUACAUCCACUUUAAUCCCCACCACCGCCCCAUCAGCUACAAUUACAACAACCACAAUUGCCAGUAGCACCUCUCCUGCUGCUGCUGCUGCUGCUGAUGUUACUACUACAAACAUUCCAGACACUGUUUCACCUGAAUCUCUAAUCAAAUCCGAAGACACACCACUUGGCAAUUCAAAACGCGAAUGUUCUCACGAAGCAGAGGUCCCAAUCUCUCUUGAAGCUUAUGCUGAAACAGGUGGUAUCGAUAUCAAGAAGCUUACAUCCAAAGAGAGAAGACAACUGAGAAACAAGAUUUCUGCGCGCAACUUUCGAGUGAGAAGAAAGGAGUACAUAACUACAUUAGAGGGCCAAGUGAACGAUCAUAAGAAAGCAAAUGAACAGCUAUUGCAUAGAUUAAAUGCUGUCGAAGAGGAAAACAAACAAUUGAGAAUGCAACUUGACUCAUUAAAACGUCAAAAUCACCAGCUUGUAGGCGACACUAAUUUAGAUAAAGACCUCAGUAUUCUCGGUUCAAAAGCGAGCGAUACAUAUCGUCAAGAUACCUCGAUCCUUGUGUCUUGA